GUGAGUCAUUGCGGGCGAAAGAGGAGGACCCAGGCGCGCUCCCUCGUGUCCCUCUAUAUCAAUUUUGCGCUCCAGGGAAAAGGACAGGUGAGACGCAGGGCCGAGGAAUAAGGACGGGGAGGCCUAUUUUCCAUUCGGGGAAGAGAGGACUCGAGUGUCAACGGGACUUCGAGGCAUUUUAAGAGAGAGCGUGUGACAUUUCCUACACCUUUCUCGGGUCUCUUCUGCAAAACUGGAUGUCAUGGACUUUCUGACCACUUGGACAUAUUAACAAGCAAGCAGUCAUGGCAGAUGAGAUCCAGAUUAUCACUGCACCACUGGUCAGUGUGAGAGUUACGAGUAAUGUGAACAGCUUUACAGCGGAGAAAAGAUAUGAUCGAAGUCUGACCAUAGGAGACUUGAAGGGUCGCCUGGAACUUAUCACUGGUGGAUCAGCUGGGACAAUGAGUUUGGAGGUGUAUGACCCUGACGACAAGCUAAUUUGUUUCUUGAAUGACAACGAUGCCCUUCUGGGUUCAUUCAACAUCGAAGAUAAUUAUAGGAUCCAUGUAACAGACAACACAAAGAAAGUUGGAGAGUUUGAAGACUUGUCAAAGGUGGAAAAGUUUGAGCUGUCGGAAGAAGAAUAUGCAAAGCGUAAUGAUAGUGUGAAAGCUUUCCUGCAGAAGAACAAACUGGGGAAAUACAAUGAGGAGGAGCAGGCCAGAAUACAAGCGGAGAAAGAAGCCGCAGAAAAAGCGGAGGAAGAUAAAGCUAGCACGUUCAAUGUAGGAGACCGGUGUGAGGUUAAAGUUCAAGGUGAACCAACUCGGCGAGGCGAAGUGAUGUACAUAGGAGAAGUGCACUUCAAGCCAGGUGUUUGGGUUGGCAUCAAGUAUGAUGAACCCUUGGGAAAGAACGAUGGAAGCAUUGGCGGCAAACGUUACUUCGAAGCAACUCCCAAAUAUGGUGGCUUCACUCGCCCAACAAACGUUGAAGUGGGAGAUUUCCCUGAGCUGAACUAUGAGGAUGAUGAAAUGUAGAAUGUGUGACCGAGAUGAAGGCAGCAUGCAUUUUCACUUACAAGACUCACUUUAGAUGCUAUAUAUAUAUUUUGUAAUGUUCCCUUUUGAGGAUAAGCACUUGAAAGAUGGCAUAUGGUUGGCAUCAGUGUUGAAGGCAGAAAAUUUAGUAUUGUAUGUUUUGAAAUAAUUUAUCACAUAUUUUCAUGAUUAUUACAUUUAGUAUUUCAUUAUUAAUACUACUACUAUUACUAUCACUACCACUACCAUUUCUGACACUAUGACUACUACUUCUUUCAUUGCUGCUGGAAAUAGUUAUUUCUGCUAUUUUUAAUCAACAAUAUUUAUCAUAAGUUGUGUUUAUUUAUUCUAACUACCUUGGGUAAAAGAAAAAGCAAAACUUGUGUUUGUUAAUACUGAAACAGUUCAACAAUGAGUAAAAAAUUAAUCUGGAAUUUUGCACUACAAAAGAUCCGAAAAAGGAAGCAUAAUGGAUUAUGGAAACCACAAAAGGAGUCACAUCUUGGGGGGGGGGGGGAGACGAUGUCCUACAUAUUCACUGGGACGAUGUCCUACAUAUUCACUAAGGGUUUAAAAGGGUUGUGAUGAGGGACGGACCAGUCGAACUCGGUCACUUUUUGUGAGGAAUGUCUCUUCUGUUAGGCAUAGUGUUUGUGUACUGUGUGAUACAACUUGGAUGCUGGUUCUUUGAGAAUCACUGCACUAGUGGCAACACAGGAGAAAUCCGUCUUGCAUUGUUGUUGCAAGUGAUAAAGCACUGUGCAUUGAUAUUAUAAGCUUUAUUGCCAGUGUGUAGAGUUCUGUAUGAAUAUUUUUGUACCUUAUUUGCUCUUUAUGUUCAUAUGAGAUUCAUAAAUGGGUCCUCUUUAAUAUUCCAGCUUUUGUCUUUUGCUGGUGUUGAAACUUAUUGUUUUGCUUAUUAUUACUGGUUUUAUUAUUUUUAUUUCUUUUCAUAAUAUAGAGCCUAUUUUUUA